UCCCAUCCUCCCUCACUCACUCACUCUUCUCCUUUGGUAGAGCUGGUUACUGACAGGUGAUUCGCAUUCUUUUGGGUAGUAGUAGUCGUAGUAGCUUGUGAAGAAUCUUGUGGAAACACCACAGGGACUUUCUUCAGAAUCGACAAAAGCAAAAUGCAGAGGAGUUGGUGACAAGGAACCAGCCAGCUACUGACCGAGUGGUCAGAUUGCAAAUGCAGAGGAGUUCCUGUUGAGGACAGGUCCGUCCUCUCUACUAACCUGGGCGCUAGAUCCACUGCUAACUGCAGGCAUGUAUGCUCAGCUCAGCUCUUCCUUUGGUAUGCUACAUCAAUCCUACGACGAACUUUGCAGUUUCCAGUUCGUGCUACAUCUCUAGAUCAAGCACCUGCGAGGCGUACACGGAUAAGUCGUUGACUCGGGAAGGCCGCAGAUAACACAAGAAUGGAACAAAAUGUCCUGGAGCAAAUACUUGAGGGCAGCAUGGAGCCAACACAUAUUCCGCUAGUAACUUUAUGGAAAAUCACUGACGGGUUUUCCCCGGAUAGAAUAAUCGGUGAAGGGGGAUUCGCAACGGUUUAUAAGGGUGUUGUUGGGAAUUGGAGUGUUGCUGUGAAGAAGAUCAGGAGCGUCAAGACAAUUGAUGACAAGCUCUUUCGUCGUGAGGUUGGCAGCCUACUGGAGGUGAACCAUCCAAACGUAGUUCGGUUUCUCGGCUUAUGUUCUGAUACAGUGGAGACACCAAUGAAAAACCCAGAUGGCAGAGGAUAUAUUUACGCCGAGGAAAGAGAAAGAUUAAUGUGUUUUGAGUAUAUCACUAAUGGGAGCCUUGACACAAAAAUUACAGAUGAAUUAAGAGGCUUUGAGUGGGAUAAGCGUUAUAAGAUAAUUAGAGGAAUUUGUGCGGGUCUACAUUAUCUACACAUGGAAAAAUAUAUUCUUCAUAUGGAUCUAAAGCCUGCCAACAUACUACUAAAUGAUGGACUGGUGCCAAAGAUUACGGACUUUGGUCUAUCAAGACCAAUAGAAUGCUCACAAACUAUGGCCGAAAUGCAUUUUUCACUAGGCUAUUGCGCUCCGGAAAUCCUGUUUGGUGGUAGGAUGUCCCCCAAGUCAGACAUGUAUAGUUUGGGUGUCAUAAUCGUCGAACUGGUGACAGGACAUAAGGGUACCCCUGAUAAGGAUAAUAUACUUAGAAGAUGGAGGCAUAGAUGGAAUAAAUCAGGGAAGAAAAUACCACGAGAAUACCACCAGCAAGUAACUAAAUGCAUCGAAAUAGGGUCACUCUGCCAGAAAAUUGACCCCUCUGCACGGCCCUCUAUAUUAGAAGUAACGGAAAAUUUUCUUGAAAUUGUAAGUACGAAUAAUCACAGCGGGAAUGAUAACGAAUUGGCAGGUGGCGAGAUAAAUCUACUGGCUCACUGGGAGGAUGACAUGCUUGGCGUUGAGCCGCUGGAGCUGCAGUUUGGGUAUAACAUGCAGAAGCAGUUAUUAUUAUGUUCAGUUGAGCUAAGCAAUGAUACUGAUGGCUUCAUAGCCUACAAGAUUCAAACGACGAGCCUAUUGCCAUACUCCAUAGAGCCAAAUAGUGACAUUGUGAAACCACAAUCCAAACAUUGGGUGGAUAUUUCAUUACCUAUAGCUAAGUCACAUGAUCAUGAAGAAGCAUGCAAAUAUAGUAAUAAGCAAUGCACAGUGUUCAUCAUGCAAAGCAUUAAAGUAAAUGAAGGCUAUACAACGCAUGAUAUUGAAGAUAUGCUUGAUAAACAUUCGACGGGUCACCAUGUUGAUGAGAUUCAUUUGGAGGUUGUUUCUGAAAAACCGUGCAGUAAAGAGGAGAUCCAAAGAUUUGGCAAAGCCGAGCCCGACGACGUGGAGGCAGGGGCGAGCAGGAGCAGGGGAACUGAGAUGAGUCCCGUGGAGCCCGCCGACGUGGAGGCAGUGCUGAUCUCGAAGGUCCGUCCGCAGCUCCGUCGCGUGGAUGAAGACGCAUUCACGCCGCACGGCAUGGUGAUUGGUCUUUACAACCAUGGUAAAGGUCUUUCUAAAUGGACCGAAAUGAAGGAGCAAGCCGUCCGCGAUAUUAUGUCUCUCGAUCAAGCGGGCGUGCUUAUGGCGGAGCUGCGGAAUCUGGAGGACAAAGCAAGGAGGUGCUAUGACGAUGCGCCCGACCGCUGUUUGUCGUCGAUGCAGUUCUCCAAUAUGCUGCUGCACGAUGGCUGCUAUCUGCUCUCUCUCUUUUUGGAUUAUGGUGCACGAUCUGAGCUGGACAACAACGCCCCGCAGUACAGAUAUAGAUAUCCCGAGAGCGCAGGCCGCAGACUCUCCCGGAGCGCGUUGGUGCGCGACACCGUGUUUCUCGUUGAGAAUCAGAUACCUUUCUUUGUGCUUCAGAAGAUCCACGACGUCGUCACAGGAGGCAUCACCCAGUUGACAGUCAUCCAAGAACUAGCAGUUGGUGUCCAGGAGCUUCUGCAGCCACAGCGCUUCAUCAGCGAGGAGCUGCGGCUGCGGCGGGUGCCUCCGUCGACGUCCCACUUACUGCACCUGGUGCACGCCUACUUUCAGCUAAAUAUGCCGCAGAUAAUGGUAAAGAACAGGACAUGGAUCAAAGGUCGGUGGCGCCGUGCGACGGAGUACAGCUGCUACGCCAACCUGCGGUUCAAGCGUAAGGACUUCAUGGACGGCAUGGAGUCUUCCAUCCUGGACGUGAGGUAUCAAGAAGGUACGCUGUGGAUCCCUCCCCUGCGGAUCGACGGCAACACUUUGACGAUCCUACGUAACCUCAUGGCGCUGGAGGAGGAGGAGCAUAUUCCACACCGGACCGUGACGGCCUACUGUGUCUUCCUGUCGCAGCUGGCCGGCACGGUGGAGGAUGUCAAGCUCUUAGUUGCCGCCGGGAUCAUCGAACCAUUCCUGUCAAGUGACGAGCAGGUGGCUCAAGGCAUCGCCAACCUCCAGAACGGGGUAUCGUUGGGCGACGUGGAUGACAUCUGGGAAAACUACCUCAAUCCCGUUUGGCACGUCCUGGACACGCGCUGCAACAAUUGGAUGACCAGAUUCGUGGGAAAGUGUAACAACAUUUUCUAAAUAUUCCUAUGGCCAAUGUAAUUUAUUUUAUGAUGAUUCUAAUAAAAGAUUUAGCAUGAUGGUUGCUAAAUACAGUACUCCCUCUGUUUAUUUUUAUAAGGCCUAUGUUGUCUGAAACGACUUAUAAAAAUGAACGGAGCGAGUAAAACAGAUCAAAAUAUGGA